GGUUGCUGUGGCGCCACGCCCCUGCGCCCGGGUCCGCGACCUUUAGGUACUCCGAGCUUUUUCUCCGCCGGAGUUGUUUUCGUUCCUUUGCCCGCCAUGCCGUUCCUAGAGCUGGACACGAAUUUGCCCGCCAACAGAGUGCCCGCGGGGCUGGAGAAACGGCUCUGUGCCGCCGCUGCCUCCAUCUUGGGCAAACCUGCGGACCGCGUGAACGUGACGAUGCGGCCGGGCUUGGCCAUGACGCUGAGCGGGUCCACCGAGCCCUGCGCGCAGUUGUCAGUCUCCUCUAUUGGCGUCGUGGGCACCGCCGAGGACAACCGCAGCCACAGCGCCCAUUUCUUUGAGUUUCUCACCAAGGAGCUAGCUCUGGACCAGGACCGAGUUAAAGUUUCCUCUUGGGUAAAAGAUAUUCUUGAGCCACGUCCAUGCCUCUGAGGAAGUAAGGGCGUGAGAAGCUUGAAAGGACACUGACCAGGAUACUUAUCCGCUUUUUCCCCCUGGAGCCCUGGCAGAUUGGCAAGAAAGGGACGGUUGUGACUUUUUUAUGAUUGGCAUGGAGGGAUCCCGGGCGUCUCUGAGCUGGCUGCCCCUUCCAGGGAGACCUCUUGGCGCAGAGUGAGGGCCUGGUGAUACCAGCUUCGGAUAAUCCUGCAUGCAACAUUCCUGAGAUCACAUAAUCCUCUUCUUCAUCUUUAUACGAAAUAAAUGAAGAGAGCUUCCUUGUUCAAA